CAUCAAUGUCCGCCAUCCGGUUAGGAAUGGACAGUACACAUCCACUGUUCAUCGGAUCGGUUCUUGGAGGUGGCAGGCGGUUGUGUUGGUAUCGUGAUCGGCAAAUAUGGGGAAGGAUUUCAACGAGUUUAAGGAUGAAUUUAAAUUGGAUAAGUUGAAAAUUAAUAAUGUAGAGCCAAGAACCUUCGUUCUUGGAAAACUAGUUCCAACGUUCUUCUACCCUAUCUGGACACUGAUAUGGGCGAUAUAUCACUCCCUGAACCUAAUCCUGAUGCCCUACUACAGGAUCGAUCUGGCGCCCUACUCCGAGCCCUGGCCCUUCUACCUGUCCAACUGGGUGUACACCGUGCUGACUGUGGGGGCGGUCAGUGACUGCGUGGCAACCCUCUACGUGUUCAUCAAAAAACAGUCUCUACUGGUCCCAGUUCCCGGCGGCUUGGUGAGCACCCCCUGGUAUCUACAGGUCGUGUGGGUCCUGUACAACAUCACCAACACCUCCACCCUCACAAUGCUGAUCCUCCUCGGAAGUCUGGUCACUGUCGAAACCGAUGCCGCCAGUAUCCUUGUUCAGAUCUUCAGCGCGUUCUACGUCAUCGGCAACAUCCUGGUCGGCUCCAAGGAAACCAGACUUCUCCACGUCUACCAACCCGUGGCCUUCCUGUUUGUCUACACCUUCUUCUUCAACAUGAUAUACAGCCUUGCUAACGAGCGCCCGGUAUACCCGAACAUGGAUUGGUUCAAAGCGCCCGGGUUCGGGGUUCUGUGGCUGUUUGGCCUCGUUUUUGUGAUUGUUCCCUUGGUACACCUCUUGGUGUUUGGUCUCUACUGGCUCAGAGAGAUCAUCGACGAAAAAUGCUGCAAGAAAGGGCCAACAGAUCUUGUUUAAAACAUGGAUCAAUAUUUCUUUCACAAACAGCAUUUUUAAAACAAUUUAUUGGGCACAAAAGCUGCUGUAUAAACCAAGGAGAAAAGAAAUUCUGUUUAACUUGGUUGCCAUCAUUAUUUACAAAAAUAAUACAAUUGACGGCAGAAUUGGUAGAAAAUGAUGCAGUCGUGCAGUGAUCCCCAAAACAAUUACAGUAUCUAUAUCACACAAAAAACCCUGUAAAGUUGUAAAUUGACUUUUAUUCGCCAAGUCUCUACUUUGCGAAACUACCAGAAAUAGAAUUUGUCGCAAAUUAAUAUUUUUGCGAAACAUUCUAUAAUGCACCUUGAAUCCAUGCCAUAAACACCAGAGAGCUGAUUUGCAGCGGGAUACAUUUGCAGUAGGGAGGUUUGCGAAUAAAAGUUGGUUUUCAAUACAUGUUUAGUGCUAUUUUUAAUAUUUUAUAUAAUUUAUUUACAAGUGUUAUGAUUUUAUUUGUCUUACAUCAUGGUUACAUUGUACAUGUAUUAUAAAAAAAAUAUAAGGUUAACAUCUUAAAAAGGAAUUGUUCAAAACUACUGUUGUUAAAGUUUUUGUUAAAAGUUCUCAAAUAUUUCCUUUAUCUUUUGCAUCUGUUAAUAACCGAAUCGAUGUCUUUUCUCCUUCCGUUAUGACAAUUACUAGUAUAUCUGAUUCCUUCUGACUUAUAAGAAAUUUUAACCAGAACUGAUUUUUAAGAAAUGCUUUAGUUGGAUUCUUUUAGUAUGUAGAAGAUUAGAAAUACAACGAUCUUCGUUGGUUUGUGGAAGUAAUGUAAACCAUUCAUUUUUAUUAAAUUUUAAACAAUUAAAUUCAUCUUUUUUAAAUCUUGAAAGACGAUUUUCUCUGAAGAGGUAUUAUAUGCACAGGUAAGGCUAUCAUUGUUAUAAUGCACACAGUUUGGGAUAAAGUUCGUUAUAUAUCAAGCUUAAGUGAAAAUGUAUUUUACUUAUAACGUAACUUUGUCUUUGGGUGACAAGCAGUAACACAUUGUAGUUUGAAGUACUUAAUUAUGUAUUAAACAAUAAUCACAUAUC